AUGAACGCAAACAUACCAGACCUUUCGUCCGAAGGGACCCUUCGGCACCGUGCAGCAGCUUCGGUGCCAUCUCCCCCAGCGGCGACUGAAGCACCACAACCACCGCCAUCAGCAGCAACAACGGAAGGAGGAUCGACGUUCAUGGAUGCCCUGUUCUCGUCGCUCUUCCAGCCGGGGCUCAACCCGCCGCUGCACAACCUGAUGAAUUUCACGUUCUACGCACUCUUUGUUAGCCUUGCCGCGCUCAUUUUCCUCACGUCCGGCAACGUGCACGUCAUCGCGCUGCUCACCAUCGCUGUCGGUCUGUGGGCGAGCGUGAACUGGUUCCUUGCCGAACUCAAGAAGCUGCCAGUGUCGACGUUCCAGGUACAGACAGCACCGCCCGAGUCGCAGUCAGAAGAACCUCAAGAACAAAAGACAAAGAGCUGA